CGAAAAUUCUCUCUAGGAUUUCACUGAAAAUCACGAUAUGAGUUCUUGUGUUUGGUAAUCUAUUCUGGUAUUUUAUCUGACCGUAGUUGCCAUCAUAAAAAUUCUUUUGAUUCCUGCAAGAAAACAGGGAAACAAAUGCUUUUAUUUUGUCAUAUUAUCAAUAUCCAGUUCCCAUUCAUCCCCAAAGAAGUUUCAUCGUCAAAACGGACUUACACGAUUAUCCUCUUUGAUUAUUUCCAUCCGACAUGACUUCUUGCGUCGCCUUUGGGAAGAACGGGCCGACAGUGAACCAUCGCCAGCAGCAGCAGCUGUACCAUCACCAGAGAAUAACAAGAAUCGAGGAUUCCCCGUCUUUGUUAAAGACUGCUAGCGAGAAGAACUUUGUAAUUCCAUAUCAACCAUCCUUGACCGCCCGACAAUUGAGACGACUCCGACAGGACCGAUUGGUGGGAUUCUCCUUGAUGUCUUUGCCGCUACCACUAUCACAGCUAGAAACUAGCAAUAUUCUUCGACACAUUCCCGAAGAAAACGAGGCGGUCUUCUGCAACGAUCCGCCUAAUUCGUUUCACUUGGAUCGUGUCAUUCAAGACAUUUACAAAGAAAUUGAUGGCGACCACGUCAAGCACAAAGAGAAUAGCAUCACUUUGAAUAACCAAAUAAAGAAAAAUCAAAGCGACGAUGGCACUGUUGCGGUUCGUAGAUGCGACGGCGAUGAAAGUGGAUCAUCGUCCAACAAAGUGAACAUCAUCUUUGAAGACAGCGAUUCGGAUUGUAGCACAGUGGGCCAAGAAAACGGCGCCAGCAUCUUCUUCGAUUCUUCUAUUUCUGAGAUAUCCUCCAGAAACUUGAUAAACAAGUAUUUGGGUACGAGCAAUAGCAGAGGCAAUGGCCCCGUCGAUUUGGACGAUAGUUUUAGUCACGAUACGAAUAUUGACGGAGAAGAUGGCACCGGAAAUGAACCCGUGGAAGAUUCAAGCAUCGCCAGUGCUAGCAGUGGUAAGAUCGACACUGAUCGACUCGAAGUGAUGAAAGCAGAAUUUCGUACGAUUUGGAAACGCCACGAAGACGAGUUCUUGGUUUGGAAGGAGGUCAUCAAAACCACCGAACGGCCAGCACCAAAGACAAAAGUAUCAACCUUCAGGAAGCAAAGUUACAGAGAUGAUUCUAAUCAUUAUAUGGAAAAGGUGAACACACUGUACGGCGGUCUUACUGUUCCUGUUUCUGGUGGAUCUAACGGUGUUCAUAAUCAAGAGGAUUCAGUUCAAGAGGAUUCAGUAACCCUGGUUAGUUGUAGCAGCACCGAUACAUUUGGUUAUGACAGAGAAAAGAAAGAAGAAGAUUUUGCAAUGGUCGAAAACCUGUCAUCGGGCGGAAGUACCGACCAACCAGACACUCGAAGCGUGACUGAAUCUGUUGACUUGAAAAGUCAAGCGACUUCCAGGAGCUUGGAUACUUUUGGAUUCUCUAUCAAUAAUGUGACUAUGAAUCCAUUGGAGGAGACCAGCGAAUCCCCGAAUCACAACGACGCUAAUUCUUUUGCAGCAGCAAAAGAUAACCAACACGGAAAAGAGCAGAACGAGGAAGACCCAAUACAAUCCCACUAUGCCGUCGAGAGUGACAGGUGCAUUCUCCGUCGCCAAGAUAAACAAGAGGCCGUUUCUAUGGCUGCCAAGGCCCGACGUCUGCGAACUUAUCGUCUCAGAGCGGGCAACCGCGAGAGGAAUGAGGCGGCAAAAAAUGCCAAUGGUCCUCACCGUCCUAUUAUUGUGGUUGAUGAGGAAGCAAAACCUCGUCAUUGUGGAAUGCUGAACGUCGUCAAAGUGAACAUCAACGACAAACAAAAUUCUUGUCAAUCAGUCAUUUCUGAUCUCACAAAUAUAUCCGAGAAGUUGCAGUUCAAUAUCGAUCAUGAACCUGAUGGCAGAUGGGACAAAAGAAGUUUAAAAAGGCUUUCUGUUGGCGAGCAACAAGGAAUUAGUGUAGCUGUGGGUGAUGGCAAUAAUCAUGGGAUGAUCGAGGUCAAAAGUUGCACUAGAAAAGAAUCAAUAUCUUUACGUGAACAAAUGUGUCCCAGUGUCGAAGAACCUGAACUGUACAAGUUCGAUGAAUCAGUUAAAACUCCACCGCCCUAUUUCAAGAACUCAGAGAUCCGAGCGCAACUCGAGCAUACCAGUGUUUUUGCGACACAGAGAAACAACGGCUGGAAGUAUUCGGAUGAAUCCAAAUGGGAUGAUGUAAGCUCGAUUGGUCUCGUGGGCGUAGAAACCAUCUCCACACAAUUCAACCAAAAGCACGGAUCGAAAUUUCACAUCCAAAGCAUUAGGAGUGUCAAUCCUUCGAUUCCUUUCGCCAUUCAAACUCGACCUGAAGAAGAUGGAACUAGCUCAGAUGAAGAAUUAGGCAGUCCAAAAGGCAUUUGUCAUAUUUUUCGGAACCAGUUAGCAACAAUCGAUCAUAACGAAAAAGAUGAGGACUCUUCGGCCUCUUUAACUUUUUCUGCAUUAUGGGCUGAAGAUGAUUCCUCCAGAAUCAAAAAGAAGGAAGAGAAAUCAUCAACCAGGAAAGCCCAUCCACAGCUCAAACUCAAUCCGACAUUUUCUACAGUCUUCACGGAGGACUGUGACUCUAGUGGUGACAGUUCAUCGUCUUCAGAGACGACUGAUGUAAAGAUGCAGCUAGCUUCUCGAUGUGCUCUACGAAAACAAAAAGAUGAGGUGAGCAACAAUACCAACACCGUCAAAUGCACAACUACACCAGGUGAUUAUUUUUAAAAUAGUGCUACUGCGUAUAAUUCUGAAAAGCAUGGAACAACCAGUGUCUAACCAAAUUUUAUUGGAUUUAUAUUGCUACCGCCGUCCUCGGAAUUGUUGUAGUGGUCACCGGCUUUGCUUUGUAAGUCCAUGCUGGCGUAUAGGGACAAACGACGAAGACGUCGGCGGCGAGGACGAGGACAAAAAGACAGACACGACCAAACCAUCUCUCAGUAUUCAUGCUGAUGCAUCGUGCAAAAGCACUUCGAAUAGUAAACAUGAUUCUAGUAG